AUGGCAGAAAUGGGAUACGAUGGAAAUGUUGGCGACCCGCUGCCCACGCCGGCUGUGACCAACAAUCCCCCCGAGCAUACUUUGGUAGCCGAAGAAUGGAAACACCGCCCACCCUAUCUCAUACAAUCCACACAGGAAUUCGGCGAAAUCAAGUGGCGCGGCUCCUGUCAAUGCCAAAAGAUAUCCUAUUCGCUAAAAGGGAAGCCAAUCAGGGCAACUUUUUCCCAUGCGCGAAGCACCCAGAUCAUGCACGGAGCGCCCGUCGAAUGGGCCGCCCUUGUCCAUAAAAGUGAUAUCUCUUUCGACAAUGGGUGCAACGGGCUAUCCUUCUCGUCCUCGUCCGAUCUGCCCGCCAGCCCAAGCGUCUCCUGCGAAUCUUGCCACACCCCUAUUAUGCAUGAAGGGAAGGGGUCUACGUGCUCGAUCUUUCCACCAUUGAUCAAAUUUAAAGGCUCAAUGGACGAGCAGCGGUCGCAAAGAGACCUAUUCAAGCCAAACUGCCAUAUCUUUUACGCACAACGCAUGAUGGACAUACCCGAUGGAAUUACCAAGUGGUCUGACCUGGAUGAGAGCAGCCAGCGGCUGGAUGACUAUGGAAAUCCAAUUGAGUAA